GUCUACCGCGGCUCUGCCCUGCCGAGGCUGCGCGUCUGUCUUUAGUUUGCAUGUGUUGACGCGGUCCACGUCGCUGUCGAGAAUGGAUACAAACUUCCAAACGUCAACUCUGUUUCUCACGCUCCCGAUAUCGUGUCAGAUAUGCCUCGGAAAGGUCCGACGACCGGUCAUAUGUUCCAAUCACCACGUGUUUUGUGCGACCUGCAUGGAAAUGUGGGUGAAGAAUUCCAGCCAGUGUCCCACAUGCAGAGUUCCCAUCACGACAGAAAACCCCUACAAAGAAAUCAUAGGAGGCUCAAACGAGAGCGAUCAUAGUGAUAGUCCCUCUACACGGAAACGUCUGAGGAAAACCAGAGGAGAGCUGCUCUUUCAGGAAUAUGAGGUUGAAAUUGAAAAUCUCAUGAAGGAAAAUGAAGAGUUAAAAACCAAACAACACCACUUGGAGUUGCAACUGAAGACCGCCUUGGAUCCAGGCUCCAGUUUGAAGUCGACCCAAAGUGAUGACAAAAAAGUAGAUCCGUACAUCCUUGAAGAGCUGGCAAAUAAGCUGCGUGCUGCGACAGACGCUUGUGACGAAGUCAAGCAUGACAUGGACAGACUGAAAGAGGCAAAUAAGGUGCUGAGAUCACAAAACCUUGACCUUGUUCGAGAGAAUAUGAGACUGAAAUCAGAAGUUGCCAGCCGUUCUCCACAGAAGUUUGGGCGUUACACGGUGGCAGCUCUGGAAGCAAAGAUCCAGCAGUAUGAACGUGACAUGGAGCACCUGAAGAAAGCCCUGGAGCGCAGCGACCAGUACAUCGAUGACCUGGAGAAUCAGCUCAGGAAAUCAGAGCCGAGACCUGUUGAGAUGCAGCAGGUGUGCAUCACAGGCAAGGCUCAGUCAGAGCCGCUCACACAGCAAAUAAAAAUCGACAUGAUGAAGAGAAGCACCAGUGACGACGAGAGAGCCUCCAUCUGCAGCAAUCCACUGGCAGAAUCUGGAUCUUUUCCUUCUUAUCACAGUUUGAUGUUCAUGCCAUCCGUCGAUCAAAGCGAGUCGAGCAAAACUGUGAGUGUGAACCAGAGCAGUGCGGUGGUAGACAGCACGACCUCUGACCUCCUGCCCUCCACUCCGUCGACCGCUUUUCGCUCCUUGACCGUGCGUAGCCCCGCUUUCCGUGACAAGCGGGUUUCAGUCAAGUCUCGGUCUUAUCUGAGGAAGCUUGAUUUUGAUGGAAUUCCUAGUCCCCGGAAAAGCACAGACAUCUCUGAGAAUCCGUUCAGCAGCCUUGACAAAUUCUCUAAAAACCUGUCCUCGAAUACUGAAGCCCAUUCUUUAAAGUCUGUGUUCUGGGGCGCUUGGCACAAAACGAAAUCCAGCGACCAACCGUUUUCUGGUCAGAGCAAAGAGGUGUCAGCCACCAGUAAUGCUGGCGAGGAGCCCGAUACUUUCCAGAAGUACAGCGAGGCUUCGAUGGAUGCGGCGUUCCUGGACAAAAUCUCAGAGUUGGACUCCAUGAUGCUCGAAGGUGAGAGCUCCAGCAGCCGAGGGUCUCAGCUUUCCCUCGCUUCCUCCUCUCCUGCCAAGUUGGAUGCAACUCUUGUUCCAGAACCAGCAACUGAUGAUGAGAGAGUUUUGGAGGGUGAGCUUGAACAGAACCGACUGUCUAAUGGCACCUUAAGCACUGAAGGCAGUAACACGGUUCUAAAAGGUGGUACAGAGGGAGGAUUUUCUCCACAGAGGUCAGAUGAAGUGAGCAAUGUCCCGGCGUGCGCUGGACACAGGGUAGUUUCACAGAGUGGAGACAUGCCUGUUGAGUUGCUGUUUGAUCCGAUGGAGGCGAGCAAAGCCGGCCCCUCUGAAACCAGAAUGGAACAACUCACGGAUAGUGAGAGCUCCUUCCCCUGUCUCCCUGGUGAAGCUGUAAACACACCAAGAGAGAGACUUAUGUUUGGUCAUGGAGCAAAAAGAAGAUCUUACAGUCCCUUCAACACUAGCAGUCCCACAAAACUGUCCAAGCUGAUAUGAAGAUUUUCCCUGCUGUUUUUUUUUUCCUCAGAUGAAUGAUGUGGAAACAUGGCAGAGGCUGUGUGUUCUAAGCUCUCCACCUGUUGGAUGUUACACUGUAGAUGAAAUACCUGAUUUAUAGUUGAGACAUGAUUCAAACUUGGAGAAUUGAUGUGAUUGUAUACAUGUGAAAUGUUUAUGGAAAAAUGAGAACCACCUGGAAAGAAAGUAACAAAAUAAUG